AUGGCUUCCAUCAUAUCACUCAAGGACAUUCCUAGUCUCUCUCAACUCUACCGAAUCAAGCAGAUCGCGGGUCCGGACUCGGAGAGUACAGAUUCAGAUCUACCGACGCCAAACCAGGCCUUCAAUGACAAGAUCUGUACCAUCCAGGAGGACAUCACAUUGCUGGAGGUCGAUGCGGUCGUCAAUGCAGCCAACAACAGUCUCCUCGGUGGCGGCGGCGUUGACGGGGCGAUUCAUCGUGCCGCGGGUCGCGAGCUGUACGAGGAAUGCAAAACUCUUAAUGGUUGCGAUACUGGCGAAGCGAAGAUCACCAAAGCGUAUCGGCUGCCAUCGAAGAAGAUCAUCCACACUGUCGGUCCAGUUUACCGUUCCGCAGCUGCAUCAGAGGAUCUGCUGCGUGGUUGCUACCGAAAUUCUCUCCAACUAGCCGUAGACAACGACUGCAAGUCUAUCGCUUUCUGUGCCAUCAGUACUGGUAUCUAUGGAUAUCCCGGAGUCGCUGCCGCCAAGGUGGCCAUCGGUGAGACACAUUCCUUCUUGACCACUCCUGCAGGCGAGAAACUGGACAAGAUCAUCUUCUGUAACUUCCUAGACAAGGAUGUGCGGAUCUACUCGAAGUUACUCCCAAUGUACUUCCCGCCGACCGAGGCCGACCUGUCCCAAACAGGUGAGUAUGGAGUCAUCCCCAUUGGAGAUAAAUUACCGACAGAUCAGGUCAAUGAAGAAUCUCAAACCAGCGUAGCAGAAGAAGCGGUACUCGAUGUUCUGUCCUUUCGUUCUGAUCAAAGACUGACAAAGCCUGAUAGGCAUCGACGGAACGCCCUUCAGCUGGAGAAGAUCGUCACGACGAUGAAAUCCCUGCAGCAGUCAAGGAUCCCGCCACCGAACCCUUCCCACCCCAUGUCGAUGACGUCGACGCCAAUCGAUCCUCAGCCAGAGAUCGCUGCUCCGCCGACCACGGAGGACUCUGCCCUGAUGGCCAUAGAGUCAAGCGAGACAAUGUACACAGUGCUAUGGACGGUGGUGAGCAACGCGCCAAUGCUGAUAGAGAACACGGAGUCGACUCAAGUCCCGGUAAAGGCCUCCAUGUCGGCGAAGGCCUUGGACAUCAAGAUGGAGACACUGAGCGAGUCAAGCAAGACCCUCUCCCGCGAGACGACUCCGAUGGUAGAGACGGUGGAAGUAGCGAAGGAGCCGUCAAAAGCACCUUGA